AUGUACCAAAAAACUCUGCAGUUUUAUCAUCUAUGGAGACUUGCUGUCCAAGAAAGAGACGAAGCAAGAGAACAUCUGAAACAUUCACUAGCCGAACUCACCAGAUUACAGGAACACUUCAACACCAUUUUCUUGUCCGAAGAACAACAGAUACCCCAUUAUUACUCAGAAGCCACAGACGAUCAUCAGAACUAUAGUUACAAUAACUUCUCCGACGAUUCUCCGUCGCGAAUCUCGUCUGCGUCGACGAUGGAUCUUGUCUCGAACUCAACAGUCUAUUCCUCGCCGGAGACGUACGAUUCUGAUGGUUACAGCUUCCGGUCGAAUCAGAUGGGUUUUGAGCACACGAAAGAUUUUGAGACCCUUGUGCUGGAGAUUAUAGGACUCGGAAGAGUCUUGCCGGAGAACGGUAAGUUCCAGCAAGCUGUCAUUGAAGCUGGCUCGUUGGUUGAGUCAUUGUUCUUAACCGGUCCGAUUCCAAAAUGGAGAAAUCCUCCGGUUCAAAUGUUGAGUCAAAGACCGGUUCUAAGCAAUACUAUCGGAAAAUGGAAUUAUGGUGGUUUGGAUUUGGGUCCGGGGAUCCGGAAACGGUCUUCCUCCGUCAAAAUGCCGCGGUUAAGCUUGAUGCCAUAA